CUUGGGGCCGGGGCGUGGCUGCUGCGAGCUGCGCAGGCGGAGCGGGGAGAAAGGGGGGGAUGUGACUCGAGCACCGGGCGUGGCUGGGGCACAGCGGGGCCGCUGCUUCUCCAGUGCUGCACGCAACUCGCCGCGCUCCAGCCGCCGCUGAGCUGCCCGCGGGACAAGGACGCCGCGCACUGUCUCUGCCAGCCCCGCCCGCUCGCUUCUCUGCCCCCUGAGCCGCAGGACCGGCGCCAUGGCAAAGCUCUCCAGAGGCACCGUGAAAGACUUUCCCGGUUUUGAUGCCAGAAGUGAUGCUGAGGCUCUCCGUAAGGCAAUGAAAGGCUUGGGUACUGAUGAAGACGCCAUUGUGAAGAUCCUUACAGGCAGAAGCAAUGCUCAGCGCCAACAAAUUGCAGCUGCUUUCAAAACCUUAUUUGGCAGGGAUCUUGUUGAUGACCUGAAAUCAGAACUGACUGGCAAAUUUGAAACCCUGAUGGUGGCUUUGAUGAGACCAGCGCGACAUUUUGAUGCCCAUGAACUGAAGUAUGCACUUAAGGGAGCAGGGACCAAUGAGAAAGUGCUGACGGAAAUUCUUGCCUCCAGAACAACUGCAGAGCUGCAGAAUAUAAAACAAGUUUAUCUGGAAGAAUAUGAGUCCAACUUAGAAGAUCAUGUCACAGGAGACACAACAGGUUACUAUCAGAGGAUGCUAGUCGUCCUUGUUCAGGCUAAUAGAGACCCUGAUGGAAGAAUCGAUGAGGGUCUGGUUGAGCAGGAUGCUCAGGCCUUGUUUAAGGCUGGAGAGCUGAAAUGGGGAACAGACGAAGAAAAGUUCAUCACCAUCUUGGGGACUCGCAGUGUGUCUCAUCUAAGGAAAGUUUUUGACAAAUACAUGACGAUCUCUGGCUUUCAAAUUGAAGAAACCAUUGACCGUGAAACCUCUGGGGAUCUGGAGAAGUUGCUUCUGGCAAUUGUGAAAUGUGUCCGAAGUGUACCUGGUUAUUUUGCCGAAUCUCUCUUUUAUGCUAUGAAGGGAGCUGGCACUGAUGAUGAUACUUUGAUCAGAAUCAUGGUUUCGAGGAGUGAAAUUGAUCUGCUGGACAUUAGACAUGAAUUUAGAAAGAAUUUUGCAAAAUCUUUGCAUCAUAUGAUUCAGAAAGAUACAUCUGGGGACUUUAGGAAAGCCCUCUUGCUCCUCUGCGGUGGAGAUGAUGAGUAACGCUGUCAGUAAUAUGAAGGAUUCGGUCCUGCUCCCGCUUUGCAGCGCCUUAGCAUGUCUAGCUAUAUUUUGUAUGUUAGUAUUUUAUAGCUGCUUGGAGCCAGACUAGCAUUGUAAUGGUUAAAAAUACUCAAUGAACAUCUUGUUACUGAAGUGAUACACAGUUUCUGUUCCUACCAGCAUCCAACUAGAAAUCUGUCCGUCCCAACCUCCAGGAAUUUAUGAAGUAUCUCUUAUGACUAUGCAAGUGUUAGCAUCUUCAUGGAAGAGAGGUUUUUGGCUUAAUGCCUAAAUCUUUUUAGAUGUUUUGCUGAAGUAGAGAAAAACCCACACAUUCCAAAAAGAACAGAGAGAAUUUAAUCUAGUCUUUUUUGUAACUUCACUUAUGUUAACUCAUUUUAAUAGAAAUAUUAAGAUAGCUUUAAAAUUGUGAACUAAAGAGAAUUAUCCUUCAUGUUUAAUAAUAUAUAUGUGGUGCUAUUGGAAUGAAUCUGUUCAACAACAUGAGUUAUCAAUGGUAACCUAACGUACCAAUAAACUAUUUCCUCCCCAACA